AGUUUUUUUUAUUGUUAAGAAUCGAAUUAUGUCUUGGUGAUAAGUGUGUUGUAUGUGGUUAAUGAACUACACCUACGCAGUGGAUAUUUUACCGUGACUGGCACCUACAAAGGCUAUUUUACCAACACCAAAAAUGGCUUUAGAACUUGCUCACGAAAACAUCUGGUUUGACAAGUGGCGUGCUGAUGAUGCAGAGCGACAGUUUUAUGAGAACAAGGCUCAGCCUGCCAUAGGAUCACCCUGUGUGAGGCAACCUUGCACAGGUAGGCCAGUAGGGGUAGUUUCCAAGUGUGGGGAGGAUAAUGAAGGUGAAGUAUUAGCAGACGACCAUCAACACAUGGUAUCCUCUUGUGUGGAAACAGUACAAGUUUCUACCAUUAAUAUACCUCAAGAGUGUGAACCAUCACACAUCAUAUGCUCUCAAGAGGAACAGAGUGAGGGAGGUUCGGGCCUAGGAUCCCUGGUCAGUCAGAUUGCCAAGGCACGGCAAGAAAUACAGAAUUCCCUUGUCUCUGGUGGUCACUCGGGCUCUGCUGGUGGUAGUGGAGCGAGUUCUGAUGUUCUGAACCGCAUCACCAAGCUAGAAGGGGAGAAUAAAAAUCUUUCAUCAACUGUAUCAUCCCUGGAGCAGACAAUCCUAACUCUAACAAAGCGAUUAGAAAUGCUUGAAUGCGACGACAAGACCACUACAGCACCAACUUCUGCCUCUCCAAAAAAGCCCGUACCAAUGGAAACAGAGGAUGAUGAUGAUGAUGACGACGUUGACUUGUUUGGAUCUGAUGAUGAGGACGAUGAAGCAGCAGCACGCGUAAGGGAAGAGCGAAUAAAGGCCUAUGCAGAGAAGAAAGCCAAGAAACCUGGUCCUAUUGCAAAGUCCUCAGUUCUGCUUGAUUGCAAACCUUGGGAUGACGAGACAGAUAUGUUUGUCAUGGAAACAGAAGUCCGUAAAAUUGUGAUGGACGGUCUCGUAUGGGGUGCUGCAAAACUGGUGCCAUUAGCUUAUGGAAUUCAGAAACUUUCCAUUCUGUGUACGGUGGAAGAUGAAAAGGUCUCCAUAGAUGAUCUAAGUGAGAAGAUUCAAGAAAUAGAGAACUAUGUUCAGAGUGUUGACAUCGCUGCAUUCAACAAAGUCUGAAAUGCUAUUCAUUCCAGUGCUAAUUGAAUAAAGAAGUCAGUUUAUAUAAGUA